AUGUCGAUAAAAGAAAGUGAUGAAGAUGAAAACAAUAAAAACCCGGGCCUUGUUGCUGUCCAUGGUCCAAUCGUCGAUUUGCAUGAUUGUUUUCAUGGAUACAUUUCGAGAAAAGAGGCUGAAACGCGUUUAUUGGAAUCUGGUGUUGAUGGUGCUCUGCUGUUACGAGCCGAACAAAACGCUAAUUUCGCGAAACAAAAAUAUACAAUCUCAUGGCUAUCACCAGCCAAUCAUUCAGUCAUGCAUUAUCCAAUUACAUUAGUGUGUGGUGAGUAUUUUCUAUUCGGACUCCAUUUUGGAUCGUUAUUGGCCGUUGUACAGCAUUUCAUUGAUCGAUCUGAUUUAACUUAUGUACCGCUACGACCUCCAUCGCCUGUCGAAAUAACAAACCGGCAGCGAAUGGCAAUACUACCAUUCAAUGCAAUCACUGAUUCGGACGAAUUGAGUUUUUGUGAAGGCGAUCUACUCACCGAAUUGCAGCAGGUUGAUAGUCAAUGGAUUUGGGCACGACUUGAACGAAAUUCACAGUCGGGUCUUGUCGCUGUUGAAUUGACUGUUCCACUCAACGAUAGGCGUAUCGCACCAGAAGAUUUACCAUACUUUCAUGAUGACCCAGUCGAAGAAUUGGCACGUCGUCUCAAUACCGGUGGUAUUGGAAGUUACUUGGUGCGAUCGUCGAAGAACCAAAAGAAUAGUUACGCAUUGAUGGUGAAUUCUGGGGAGCGAAUCGAAAAGUUUUUGGUUUGUCGGUUGCAGAAUGGCGAUUUUGAGCUGGGUGGACGUACGUUUCCCACAAUUCAUGAUAUAAUUGAUAGAUAUUCUCGACGGGAAAUCAGUGAUAAAAGUAAAUUGUUGCGUGCUGUGCUGCGUCCAACGGCUGUCAAAUGUAAGAAACCAGACGAAAUUGGAGUAUUGCCGAAACUGCAGCAUUUGCGAAGUCAUAGUUCAUGUCCUUAUCCAGUGGAUUGUGUUCAUGCAUACCGUAAAACCAGAGAAGAUAAAUGGAAGAAUUGUUACGUAAUGCUGAGUGAUGUUUUGGGUUAUCAAUUAUUCGUCUUUGAGAGCGAAAAGCGAGCCAAGCCAAAACUCGUCUUGGAUUUGUGCUAUUGUUUUGUUUAUAAAGUGGAUGAGAGUGUUUAUGAUCGAUCGAAUUGUUUACAUGUACAACUGAACAGUUUUUCGCAACAUUCUUCAUCAGUACAUCUCUCAUUUCAAACUGAAGCUCACCUCUUAGUUUGGUUCAAUAAUUUACGUAUUCGUUGUCUUGGCUAUCCUUAUUCUUCAUCGCCUUUCGCUGUUCUGCCAAGCAGUAACACUAUUCACAGUCGACUAUCCACUUUCAUUUCAAUAACCAUCGCAACCUAUAGGGGUGUUGCACUGAGACCGGAAAAUGGCUAUAGUGCGUGCGUAAUUGUAAAUUCAGUGCGUGUUAUACGAACAAGACCUGUGGUACCAUCAGCGAAAAGCUAUAUUCCAUUUGAGACACACUUUCUCAUCGAACAUUUGCCGGCGGGAUCGUGUAGCCUCCAGUUACAACUUUGCUGCCAUAAUUUAGGCAAAUAUCGUCAACCUAUUAUCAAAGAUACUAUAAAACGAGAGAUGUCUGCAACGUACUCGUUAACAGAUGAUGGCAACGAAUUGUGUGUAUCGGCGGAUGAUUGCACUGAAGGGUUUUUGUUCCGUGCGAAACGUUUUCGACUCGUUGUUCUGCCUGAGGAGCAAUAUUCUUCUUUUAUUCGUUUAUUGACAUCACGAUCGUUCAUCCUGUGUCAGUGGAUUGCAUCCCAUUUGACUCCAUUCUAUCGUAAACAUUUCGCCGCUUCACUUCUUUCUAUACUCUUACCCGACCAUUCACUCUUUUUUACAUUCCUCGACGCAAUUUUGGACGCUCAACUAUUAUUGGAACGAGAAGAGACGUUAUUCCGCGGUGAUUCGUUCUGUUCAUGUUGUGUGUCGACAGCGGUUCGUAUGAUCGGACGAGACUUGGUCAUUGAAGAGUUGAUGCCCACUCUGCAGCAGUUGCAUUGUGAAAAAGCACCGCCAGUUGACACCAUCUCAUUCAUACGUCAGCUUUCAUCGCUCAUAUCAACGCUACCACCUCUAUUCGCUGCCGUCUUCGCACAUGUCGCAAGUGCUUGUCAUCGUAGAUUUCCAACCACACCACACGCUUCUCGUCGAGCACUAAGUGUCUUCUUGAUACUUCGGUUCAUCAAUCCAAUCUUGACACUAUGGAAUACAAGUGGUAAUUUUUACGGUCGUUUCUUGUUUGUUUAUCCAUUCUUUUUUUUCAAGGCUGAUUUAUUUAUUUGUUCGUCAUUGAUUUUGUGUGCUUUAGGAGGGCCCGCACGUGAUCUCGCUAAAAACGUGCAAGCUGCAGCAAAUCAAGCUUCAUCUCCUGAUUUUAAACCAGACGCUUCAAAAAAGAUGGUUUGUACAAUGGCCGAAUUGAUGGAUUGCUUCAUCUUACCUAAAGUUAUAGACGAUUCCAAAAUAGCGAAUCCAUUCGUGGGUUAUUGUAAGAGUGAACAGUUGGCAAUGUUAGCCUUUCACGUCUCGCUAGUAUUGCAACAAAAACCCAAUGAAUGCCCUGUUUCAGAGGCAUACACUGUGCUGAGUCUUCUAAAAGAUCAUGAACUCAGGGUGGAUGCAUAUGAGAAUAAAGGUUUAAGUGAUGUGUACUUUGUUUUUCAGUUUAACGAAAGCUCUCAUUUACACUCAAAUUCGCAAUUUGACGUGUUUGAGGAACGUUUUUUUUAA